UUUUAAAAAAUGCUUCUGGAUGAGAAAGAAAUCAAAUAAUUAUUAACUUCAGAACAAAAAUCUUGUCUUUGAAAUGGAAAGUGCAUUUAGAAGCUAUUCACAACUUACGAGUUUUUAAAAAUCCAAACUUGCCAUCAGCAUUCAUAUUAUUUUAAAAAAUCAUAUUAUAAACUCCCCAGUAUAGUGUCUUUCUAAGCCUGUUGCCAAAGACCUGUCUGUGGGGUCAGUGUGAACACGAGACUCCAUUACUUGGGCAUGGCCCAUUCAAGACUGUCUCUGUGCCAAAAUAGAAAGGUGAGAAUGAUUAUAAAUCUUUGGGAUUCCUCCAGCUCCAGGAUUCUAUAGGUCAUAAAAGAUGAGGGGAGGGGAGGUUUCUUUGUUCCAAACUCCAUAACUGGCCCUUUCUGAAGCCAGAAGAACAAAGACAGGUGAGGAAGGCUGUUCUUGCUGUCUGGGGCUUCUCUGGGUGGCACCAUCUUCCUGAAUCCACUUCAGUCCAGGGUCUUGCCCCAGGAAGAGACUUUAUGCUUUGAGGAGGAAGGGUAGAUGUAUACUAACCAAAUGAAAGGACCAAUUUAUAAAGUAACAAUGAGCAAUAUAAUAGCAAGAGCACCAAGCACUCCCACCCCGACCCUGGACUUCCUACGCUGUGGCCACCUCCGUGGAAAGCAGUGGGUCUUUAGAAGUGCGCUUGGUUGGAGAGGAGUUGGAACAAGACUCCAUCUCAGGUGGCUCACAGAAAAACCUGAAGCAUCACUUCCACGACAGAAGAGCACUUGCCCCCCGCCCCCAGGUGAGAGGGAUGAUCCCUUGGGAACUGCUCCUGGACUUGGAAAACCAGGCCAGCACUUUCCCCAGACACUCCUCAUUCUUCCCUUCCCUGGCUGGCCAGGCUCUCCUUCAGCUGGACUUUUUUCCACUGUGGACGGUUCAGCCCUGGGCGCUCAUCUCUGUGGACUGUGAAGUUUCUUUCCAGCUUGGGACAGGGGAUGGAGCGGGCCAUCUCACAGCUCCUUCUUCUCCUGGCCCCUCCCGGGUCCUCCUGCGCACUGGGUUAAGUAGAUAGGGGCCUGGGAGGGUCCUUUCCCGCCGUAGGAUCGUCCAGAGGUCGGAUCUUAAGGAGGGUGGGAAGGACUCGUCCAGGAUUGCCAAGCAGUGCCCUCCCCGCGGCCCUGGGCCCGGAGCCCAGCAGGGGCGUGCCCCCGCGCUCACCUGCCAUUGGGCAGGUGGGGCCGCCGGCGCUCCGCCAGGGGCCGUGUUAUAAAUGCCGAGCGGGAGGCGGCGGCGGAACAAGGCUCGUCGCAGGAUGGUGGACAGCGUGUACCGGACCCGCUCCCUGGGGGUGGCGGCUGAAGGGCUCCCGGACCAGUACGCGGACGGAGAGGCAGCACGCGUGUGGCAGCUCUACAUCGGGGACACUCGCAGCCGCACUGCCGAGUACAAGGCCUGGCUGCUCGGGCUGCUGCGCCAGCACGGCUGUCAGCGGGUGCUCGACGUGGCCUGCGGCACCGGGGUGGACUCCAUCAUGCUGGUGGAAGAGGGCUUCAAUGUGACAAGCGUGGAUGCCAGUGACAAGAUGCUGAAGUAUGCACUUAAAGAGCGCUGGAACCGGCGGCACGAGCCCUCCUUCGACAAGUGGGUCAUUGAAGAAGCCAACUGGUUGACUCUGGAAAAAGAUGUGCCUCAGCCACCAGAGGGUGGCUUUGAUGCUGUCAUUUGCCUUGGAAACAGUUUUGCCCACUUGCCAGACUGCAAAGGGGACCAGAGCGAGCACCGGCUGGCACUGAAGAACAUCGCAAGCAUGGUGCGAUCAGGGGGCGUGCUGGUCAUCGAUCACCGCAACUAUGACCACAUCCUCAGCACAGGCUGCGCGCCUCCAGGAAAGAACAUCUACUAUAAGAGUGACCUGACCAAGGACAUCAGGACAUCAGUGCUGACAGUGAACAACAAGGCCCACAUGGUGACCCUGGACUACACGGUGCAGGUGCCAGGGACUGGCCAGGACAGUUCUCCUGGCUUGAGUAAGUUCCGGCUCUCCUACUACCCUCACUGUCUGGCAUCCUUCACGGAGUUGCUUCAAACAGCCUUCGGGGGCAAGUGUCAGCACAGCAUCCUGGGCGACUUCAAGCCUUACAAGCCAGGCCAGGCCUACAUUCCCUGCUAUUUCAUCCACGUGCUCAAGAGGACAGACUGAGCAAGGCCUCAGCUCCCCAGACCACUGCCCAGGAGCUGCCAGGCUCUGUCUGGGGAGGAGGGGACCAGUAGCCCUACACUAAACCCAGCCCCCAGUGCAAAUCCUGGGGUGGGUGAGGGGAAGGGCAGUCUGCAGCUGGGGAGCAGGGAUUUGGGUUCAUACAGAUGGAAGGGGGAACAAUAUAGUCUGUGCCUUUUUCAG